AUUUAUUUAUAAAUGGAUUGGACCAUAUAUUAACAAUUUAAUUUAUGAUAUCAUUUAUGUACAUUAGGUCUAGCAACAACUCGAUUUCGAGCCUCACUAGUUAUAUAAUCAUUUGAAUACGUUCAAUGAAUAGCACGGUUAACACGGCUAGAGGUGGAGGUGGAGGUGAACAUGCAGCCGAAGUCGAAGGUAUAGAUGAAAGUGAAGAUGAUGACGGAACAGUAGGCAAAGUUGAAGGUAUAGAUGAAGAUGGAGGUGAUGACGGAACAGUAGGUAAAGACGAAGGUAUAGAUGAAAGUGGAGAUGAUGAGGGAACAGUAGGUAAAGACGAAGGAGAAGGCAAAUCUACAAAAUCAGAAGGAGAUUUAAGGGAUAAUAAAUAACUAUUAAUAUAUGUUGACUGAUCAAUAUAUGGCAAUACUGUUUGCAUAUAGUGACUAUGUAAUGAUACUAAUGUUCUACUAUUAUAAAAGUGAUUAAUUAUU